CUUCCUGGUGGUUUGAACCAACUAAUACUGAAAGUCUUCUAUCAAACAUCAAAUGACCAAAUACAGUCUCAAACCAUGAAUAUCGUGGGCCAGUUGGCAGAGACCGUGUUUGUAACGGUGAAGGAGCUGUACCGGGGUCUAAACCCRGCCACUCUCACCGGGGGGAUCGACGUCAUCGUGGUGCGGCAGCCUGAUGGAUCCUUCCAGUGUUCCCCCUUUCACGUGCGCUUCGGGAAGCUCGGCGUGCUGCGCUCCAAGGAGAAAAUAGUGGACAUUGAGAUCAACGGAGAGCCGGUGGACCUGCACAUGAAGCUCGGAGACAACGGGGAGGCUUUCUUUGUGGAGCAAAACGAAAACAUGGAGGUCCCGGCCCACCUGUCCACCUCCCCGAUACCCCCGUCUCCUGAGGAGUUGGAGGAGAUGGCCGAAGGGGCCCCCUUUGCCGGGUCCGGAGCCCGCAGGAAGAAACGCCGGCGCAAACGGGUGCGCUGCGACUCGCACCUGAGAGAGGAGGCCAGCUCCUCGUCAGACGAAAGAGACCGAGAGAAGGAGUGUGAGAGGGACGCCGAUCCAGCUCGGUGGGACAGUCCCGCAUCAGAGGACCUGUCCACACCUCUGCAGCUCAGUAAGUCCGUGUACUACUCAAUGUCUGAGGGGCCAAGUGAGGAGACGGGAUCCUUGCAGCCCAGAGAAACUCAUCCACAUUCUGACGGAGAGCAGUCGCCCUCUGAAAACUGUGUUUUCUACAGCCGGCCAGAUUCUCCCAAAAGUGACUCGGAGCUUUUGUUCAAAACCCAAGAUUCAUCUGGGCCUCAGAUGCAGUGGAACUGGGGAGGUUUUCCACAGGUCCGUCUGCCAGAAAAAACACCGGCAGAGUCGCAGACCGCCCCUCCGUCGGGUGUCUCUCACUUCCGCACCAUUGAGCGGCAGGACUCCUUCGAUUUGGGUUGCGAGGCUGUGGUCAGCUGUGGAAGAGCAGGCAGCGUAACUGUUGUGAAACCACAGCCGAGGACUUUAGAUAGCUGCUCCGUGCAAAUAAGUUAUUUCUCCCGGGAGAAGGACUKCAACGGUGACCUUCGUACCCGCAGUGAGCUCUUCAUGUCUUGUGUUUCAUCAGAGGAUGGAGAUUUACUGGAGUCACUUGAAUGUAAUCUGGGACAAGAGGCAAAAAGAGACUUGUCUUCUAGUUUGGCCAACAGUGGUGUUGAGCCACACACCAGUAGGGAAGGUGAAGCUGAACGUGUUGGCUCUGUGACUGACGGAAACAGUGUGGACACUGAAACCAAAGCAAAACAUACUCAGACAGAAAGUAACGACUGCGCAGCUCAGGGAACAAGUCAGGAUAGUAGAGAACUGUUGGAUCUGCAAAACCACUUGAGCAAUGAUGCCCCCCUCCGUGAGGGGGACAGUGGAAUAUAUCCUGGUGCAAAGGGAGGAGAUGAAGACGGUGAACUUAGAGGGAUUGAUGGAUCUGCAGGAGGAACACCUACACCCGGAGUCAUUUUGGCCAAGUCCUCCGAGGUUUCUUCCAGAUUUGAGCAAGAUAAGAAGAAAGGUAAACGAAAUCAUCAUCUAGGACCAACAGAUAUUUACCUGGAGGAUCUGAUCUCACUGAAUCCUGAGGUGGCUGCACUUUAUUUCCCCAAAAUUGACCCAGAAGGAGCGUUCCCCCCCGUGGCAGAUCUGGGCUCAGGCUCAGGUAGCCAGUCUCCUCAGUCAGUGGGCAGCGCGGCGAUGGACAGCGGCACAGAGUACCUGUCCGACUCCACCGGCUACAACAUGGACGUCAGCAUGUCCCUCUGUGGGAGAGAGGGCGACACCAGCCAGAUCACCAAAGAAAAGUUCAUGGAGCACCUUGUGACCUACCAGGAUUUCAUCAACAAUCCAGGAAUCACUGAAGAUCCAAGUCUUGUCAUCUGCAUAAAUUCCAAUUAUUACAACUGGGCAGUGGCUGCUCCGAUGAUCCUGUCCAUGUCAGCUUUUCAAAAAAACCUUCCCAAGAGUACAGUAGAGCGUCUGGUGAAGGACAAGAUGUCCAAAAAGUCUGGCCGCUGGUGGUUCUCGUGGAGGCGCAGAGACAUGGACAACCAGAGCCACUCUGGAUGAUGUCGACAGCGAUGAGGUCGCGGGUCUCGGCAGAAAAGCUGUCAUUCCUCACAGCCUUUCCACAGAAACCAUUAAUGCCACUCAGACCAUCAGCCAGAUGUAUCGCAAAUCACUACGGCUGACUUCUAAACAGAUAGAGAAUCUAAAUCUGCGUGACGGAGCCAAUAAAGUGGUGUUUAGUGUGACCACACAGUACCAGGGGACCUGCCGCUGCGAGGCUGCCAUCUAUCUGUGGAACUGGGACGAUCGCGUCAUCAUAUCGGACAUCGAUGGCACCAUCACCAAAUCUGAUGCUUUGGGUCAUAUUUUACCUCAGUUUGGAAAAGACUGGACGCACAAAGGAAUUGCCAAACUGUACCACAAAAUACACCAGAAUGGUUACAAGUUCCUGUAUUGUUCAGCGAGAGCUAUAGGUAUGGCUGCCAUCACUAAAGGUUACUUACAGUGGGUCAAUGACCAAGGUAUCGUCCUUCCCAAAGGCCCCGUCCUACUGGCACCCAGCAGCCUGUUUUCAGCACUACACAGGGAGGUGAUCGAGAAGAAACCAGAGAUUUUUAAGAUCGCUUGUCUCAGUGACAUCAGAGACUUGUUCAACCCACACAGACAACCUUUCUACGCUGCCUUCGGUAACAGGACAAACGUACAAUCACCUCAUAGAGCUGGUUGAGCAUUUCUUCCCCAUGCUCUUCACUGAAGGCAGCACUUCCUCUGUUCUCGACUGUCCUGAGUACAGCAGUUUCUCCUACUGGAAGGAGCCUCUGCCGGACGUGGAUCUGGACAGUGUGCUCUAACCUCACUGAAACUUCACACACACACAAGUCCUGCACGUUUAUGUUUUUACCAGCAGGGUUAGCAGCGCUCAAGAAAUCAUCCUGUGUCACUAAUUAGUGCCUAAACUGUGCAAAUGCCUUACCUGAGCUGGAAGAAAUUCCAUCUGCACCCAAACUGUGUUGUUUGUUGUGUGAAAUUUAGCCUUUUUUUUAAUUCGUUUACCAAGAAACUACAUUUGGUUUGAAGACAUGUUAGGAUUUUUAUUUGUUUUAAUAGUCAACGCACCAGAUACGUGAGCUUUCUUCACACUGGGCCGUCUAUAGUUUUUACACAAGUGUUGUGAAUCUGCAUUUCAAAUUAUUUGCUCUGGGAGGGGGGAGCUAGAUUUUAAAUGAGCUGACUGCAGGUCAGGUACUGUUAGUAUUUUCUUUAACUACUGAAUCGAACGAUACAACGGUUGAUGUGAUUCCACAUUAGUUGUGUGCUUUCAAGUACCACAUGAAAUAAAUAAAAUCUUUUUACACUACACAAGCAAGCAGC